AUGCAGUGUCGCACCACAUCAGAGUCCUCCAGCCAAGGGAAGAAGCCUUCGAUUUCUACUCCCGGCACCGGGGCUGGCCGCGUGCACCGUUACCAUCAAAGUCGGCGCCAUCUGUGGUUGCUUACGGGCCCUACAGGAUGCGGCAAGACAACAGUGGCCCAGUACCUGGCCAAUGCGCUUCAAAUGCCAUAUGUUGAAGGAGAUUCUUAUCAUCCCCAGGCAAAUAUCGACAAGAUGAGCGCGAAAACUCCGCUUACCGAUGCCGACCGCUGGGACUGGCUUACCGAGUUGCGCAAACAAUGCAAUAGUCGAAUCGGCGACGGCGCGGAUAUGGUGGUCAUGACCUGCUCGGCCCUCAAGCUCAAGUACAGAGACGUACUAAGAGUCGCUGCCUACUACAAUCGCUCAAUUUCGGUCCACGUCUUGUUCCUUGACGCUCCCGAAGAGGUGUUGGUGAAGCGUGUCGCGGAGCGCAAGGGCCACUUCAUGGGCGCCAGCAUGGUAAAGAGUCAGUUUGAGAUUCUCGAGCUCCCACAAAAGGACGAGACCGACGCCAUCAUCAUCGACGCCUCCCAGGAUAUCGAACAUGUCCAACGGGAUGCUCUUGAAAAAGUCAAGGCCAUCCUUGCUGCCGUUUGA